GAAACAAAGCUUUCCUCCUCUGAAAGCUCGCCACGACACGGCGCGUCGCGGCGCGGUGACACGCGGCGAAUGAAAGUCGGACUCUCGAGCCGGGGGUGAGUUUCGCGGCGAAGCGCUCGGUUUCCCUUUUGACUCGCUCGGAACAGAGCCAAUUACGUACGGAGUAAUCGAGACCGUGGCUCGUAUAUACUCGUCGUUAAUUCGUCCGGUUUCAUUUAUUUUUCCAUCGAUUUCAAUCGGUGAGAAAAUUGCAUUCCAACGACGACCGCGGCAGUUCGUUCUAAAUCGUGGGUAAUCGUAGAACACGGUUGCGUCGCGGUUCCGAUGACACCGAUUCAUCGAAUUUCGUUUGAUUUAAUUUCGUUGCCCGGUCGAUGCGGGAACAAGAGAUUUUUAUUUAUUUUUUUUUUUUUUUUAUUGUAUAAAACGAGAACUCGUUCGCUAGCGGCUAGUUCCCAUUCAUUGCCAAUUCCGUUUAAUUAAACUUGGUUACGUUUCAACUUUUGUACAGUCGAGUGUACUUUUUUAACCGGACGAACAUUGGUUUCCAACGGGAUAACCAUUAAUCGAGAUGCACUUUUGAUUAGUAUUUCGAUUUCCGAUGAGUGCUCGACCGGAGAUCCUCUUUUUACCAUUCUCGUGAAUUUAUUCGUCGUUUUCGGACGAACAGUUCUGGAGAAAAUAUUUUUGCGAAAGUUUGCCGGACUGUUUACGUGCAAAGAGGACGCAAUUAUGGAACGAGGCGGCGACGGAGAUUGUUUGAGGGAGCAGCGAUUGUUUGAAGCUGAAUGAGGCUGAUGGAACCCUUGGGUGUUGCCCCGGACGUGGUGGAGACGGCCGCUUUGAAAAGAUGGUCCGACUUCCCUGUCCAACACCGAUUCACGGACUACACCAAUUCCAUUGGAGAGCCAACGCACCAUACAAUAAGUCCUUUCCCGUGUCAACCGGCGCUCAACAACAAGCUUGCGUUAUGGACUGGAGACAUCUCUGUCCUGCAAGUGGACGCAGUGGUGAACUCGACCUGCGAGACGAUGGACGAGAACAGCGAAAUGUGCCAAAGAAUAUUUGCCCGAGCCGGUUCCGCGCUCCAGAUGGAAAUAUUUAACGAGAUCAAAGAAUGCAAGACCGGCGAAGUAAGAGUAACGCAAGGCCACGGGCUACCUGCGCGCUUCAUUAUUCAUACGGUUGGACCAGUGUACAACGUUAAGUACCAGACGGCGGCUCAAAACACGCUGCACUGCUGCUAUAGGAACGUUUUACAAAAGGCACGGGAGCUCGGUCUGCGCACUAUCGCGUUACCGGUGAUCAAUUCCGUGCGGAGAAAUUAUCCACCAGACGCGGGAGCGCAUAUUGCUCUCAGAACGAUUAGGAGAUUUUUAGAACAGUACGGCGAUUCUAUCACGUGUAUCGUGUUCGUCCUGGAACCGUGCGACCUCGGGAUCUACGAAGUCCUACUACCACUUUAUUUUCCAAGGAAUCUGGCAGAGCAGGACAACGCUUGCUGGCAGCUGCCGAACGAUAUAGGCGGAAUGGACGGCGAACCGUUGCUUCCCGAUCGACAAAUUAGAAUCAUCGACAAUCCUCAACACGCUUUACACGGCGACGAAAGCGUGGAACUGUCCACGCAGUUAGAAACGUCUGUGAGUAUCGGCGAGCACGCGUUCGCACAGAUGCAGGGUGAUUUGGAUCGGCAAAGACUUCUUGGGGAGAGGCCGCCGGCCGAUCCGCUCGCGGAUAUUAUGCUGAAACAAAUGCAGCAAAAAGAAAGGUACGAGAGGCUCCUUAGAAGAGCGAAGACGGAGGAUCUGUCUGAAGUUUCGGGAAUUGGAUGCCUAUACCAAAGCGGAGUGGAUCGCCAGGGUCGGCCGGUGGUCGUGUUCGUCGGGAAAUGGUUCCCUGCUACUAAAAUCAAUCUGGACAAGGCGUUGUUAUAUCUGAUACAAUUGCUGGAUCCGAUCGUAAAAGGGGACUACGUUAUCGCUUAUUUCCACACGCUAACGACUAGCAACAAUUAUCCCAGCUUGCAUUGGUUGCGCGAAGUUUACAACGUGCUUCCUUACAAGUAUAAGAAGAACCUAAAACACUUCUACAUUGUCCAUCCUACUUUUUGGACCAAGAUGGUGACGUGGUGGUUCACGACGUUCAUGGCCCCAGCUAUAAAACAAAAGGUUCACAAUCUACCUGGCGUGGAAUACCUCUACGAAGUGAUGUCCCCCAAUCAGCUAGAGAUCCCGGCUUACAUUACGGAGUACGACAUGACGAUAAACGGCUUGAGGUAUUACCAACCGGAUACGACGGUGCCCUCGUCACCGUCAACGUCGACGUAACUCUGCGAGGUGGCCUCCCGUCCGGCGAAGCAUCGGACAAAAGGAAGCAGUCGGAUCAUCCGUUCCGCUCGAUAAUACGGUGUCCGUUGUGUGACGCGCGUUUGCAUCAGCACCGACCAUCGUGCUCGCGAGCUUCCCGGGGGGGUAUCCUGUCGCCGUCGAUUCUGGAAGAUCCUGUCGGAAAUGCACGGUUCCUCGGGGAGUGGCGAACAAGUGCCUGGCGACCAGAGCACGAAAGGACGGUCCGUACCGCAACGUGCAGAUCGCAAAUUGUUCCUGGAAUCGGUCGCUGAGCGAAGUCAAGAAACCACUGCCCACCUGUUUGUUUCUGCGCGUACCGAGGACAGAAUGGAGAUAAAUAAUCCCGGAGAGUGACACCAAGAACGGGAAGAGGAGAAAUGGUUAUUCGCUGCGCGGAUAUCGGCUGCCAAAACACCAAUAAUCAGUAUUCUCGUCGUCGUUACGAUCGUACGUGGGAAUCUUGUUGUUCUUAUAAAAUAGUUAGCCGACGUACGGUUGCGGAGUGAGAGGCGGGACAGGUGCGUUGAGAAAAGAGGGAAAGGCUGGCGUCGACGAGAAAUCUUAUGCUCGGUUUUAACGACGGCUUAAUACGAGGACUGUCGACCGCUUUUCUGUUAUUUUCUUAUCCGUCGUUGUAUGUACAAUGCGAGGAGCGUCUAUUCGAUUAUUAUACAUCGUAUUUUAUUAUGUCGCGGACGCCGGUUCGCGGUAUUUUCGAUAUAAACGGUGAUUUUUUUUAAACGAAAGAGUGUUAUAUAAAAAGCAAGAUAUAAUAUAUAUAUAUAUAUAAAAAAAAAAAAAUUAA